GUGCCGUUCUCCAACCCAAUGCUUGACUUGCAUCUCGCCAUCUUCAAAUCUCUCACUGUCUCUUGAUCAGCCGCAAAUUUCUGUUAUUGAGACCUGUAGAAUUACCUUUACCAUCGCUACUACUGGCUCAGGUCUGCCGGGCAUUUAUAUCCCUGAGCUUUUGACCAUGAAGGUGGCCAAAUCUUGCCGCCAGUGCCGUACGGCUAAGCGGAAAUGCACACUUGACACUGUUUCUCGUUCUACCUGCACUCUAUGUGCCCAGAAGGGUCUCGAGUGUUCUUUGACCAGGUUGAGCUCGACUCGCCCAAAACCCAUUGCUCCAGCAGCAAUGGCGUCCGAGAGCUCUACCAAAGUAAACGGUGUGUCUCGAAACCAGAUUAUCGAUAUUUAUAUAGAGCGCAUCCACGACAAACCUCACACUCUGUUCCACCCAGCAACUCUGAAGUCCCGGGUGCAAGCUGGAGCGCUACCUGAACCGGUCCUGUUCAGUAUUCUGGCUUUGGCUGCCCGGUUAUCAAGCGACCAAGAUAUACGGGAACGUGCCUAUGACCUUUUUCAAACCGCCAAAGAGUCUUUCAAGAGAACACUCGAUGAGGUGACACUGGAUAAUGUUCAUGCUGCUACUCUCAUAGGUAAUCUUUGCGGAGUAGAGGGAGAUGCAAGCGGAGAGUCGCUCUUUUUCGGAAUAGCAUUUCGCAUGGCCUUGAUUCUUCGUCUCCCUGAACCAAGCCCGGAAGAUGACAGCAUCAUGAAAGAAAUGAAAAUUCGGACAUACUGGUCGCUAUAUAUGAUUGACCAGUGGUCAUCAGCUGGCUUAGAUGUGCCACGACAGAUUUCGGAUACGAGUGAAAAUCCGCUGCCUAUGCCAGAACUGGAAUAUUGGCAGCUGAGACCAGGGGAGCAAAGAAUGAGAACUACGGCAAAAGACCACGAUCCCGGCCUUUGGGGCUACAUGGUUAUACUCGCUCGGAUAUUUGGAAAGAUACACGAGUUACAUAAACGACUUGCUAACGGUGAUCUAACCGAUUCCCAGACGGAGGAACAUACCCGUGUGUUGGCAUUGCAACUCGAGAGAUUUGCUCAGAACCUUCCGUCCAAUGUGGCACACACGAAAGACAACCUGGAACACCAUGCAAUGCUCGGACUUGGUGCAACUUUUGUUGCUCUUCAUUUGGGCUAUCAUCAUUAUUCGACUUUGUUAUACUUUCAUUACCUGGACUCUACUGUUUCACAGGUUCCCAACCAAAACCUGUUUGCAGCGCGUUGCAAGUACCACGCAGCAGCUUUCAGUGACCUUUUGAACUUGUCCAACGGGAUUGCUGGGUGUGAAGCUGUAUAUUUCAUUGUUUCCCACAUGACGGUAAUAUCGUCAUCGGCUUUGCUCCAUACAUUAUUGUUUGGGGAGCCCAGCGAAUUGCCUGACACUCGGAGACGACUUUCUUCUAAUUUUCAGAUUCUCCUCAAACUGAAACAGUAUUGGCCCGACGUGAAUAUGAUGAUUACACGGCUAUUCACAUUCCAAGAAGCUUGCAUGCGCUCAACAGACCAAGUCUAUGUGGUCGAUAAGUGGAUAGUAAAAUUUCUGCUUCAACAUGCCCUGCCGAUUGAGAAAAAUCUUCGUCCACCAGCCACGGAUUAUCUCGCCGAACGAGACAAAUUCGCUGAAGAUGCACUUUCCAUCCUUCGACCAGUAAGAUUGGAAUGACUUGGUUGCACCUCGCCU